CUCCCUCUCCUCCGCCAGUACGGCACGGUACGGCGCAGCGAGCGGACACGCGUGUGGACGUGACGCUCCGGCUCUGGUGUCUGCAGGGCGCGUGUCUGUCUGGGAUCGUCGUCGUGCGGGUCGUGCUCGACAACAGUGUGCUGUGUCGCGUGUGGUUGUGCAGUGCAGUGUGCCAAUGUGCUCCUAGUGUGCUAUCCUGGUGAUGAAUGCCCUGGUGGUGAUGCAUAAAGUGUGAAUUGUGCCAACAAGUGAGCCCCAUAUUGGAUUACACCGCCUCCUCGACGCGCGCCCCCGUGCGCCCCAGCGGCCCCAGUGUGCGCGCUGCCCGCACUCCGGCUCCCACUGUCCCCGGGAAGGCUUUUACAGUGGAAUUGUUCAAAUUGGAUUUCAAUGUUAGGAUGGCCCUGGCGAGCACUUUGGUGUGCUCAUGCCUGCGGCCCGAAUUGUGCCCCUGUUCCGAAUUGGUGGCCACACGUAGACUGUUCAGGGUGUCCCGACAGCCACCGCAGCCCGCCACUACUCCUCAGCCCUCUCAGCAACAGCCCUCCACUCAGCAACAGCCCUCUGCUCAGCAACAGCCCUCUGCUCAGCAACAGCCCUCUGCUCAGCAACAGCCUUCUGCUCAGCAGCAGCCCUCCGCUCAGCCAGCCGUCGAGCGGCUGCCGGUGGUGAGCGACUGUUCGCCGCCGACGGCUCGCGUCACCUCCAAUCAUACGGGGUCCAGCAUGGCUGUGUCCCGAGUACCGAGCCCAGCACCUCCGGAAGUCAACACGCCAGUCGCCGAAAAUUGGUGCUACACACAGGUUAAGGUGGUCAAAUUCAGCUACAUGUGGACCAUUAAUAACUUCAGUUUCUGCAGAGAGGAGAUGGGGGAAGUUCUCAAAUCAUCCACUUUCUCAGCGGGAGCAAAUGAUAAACUAAAAUGGUGUUUACGAGUAAAUCCUAAAGGCUUGGAUGAAGAAAGUAAAGAUUAUCUAUCACUAUAUUUACUUCUAGUCUCUUGUAACAAAUCAGAAGUUCGAGCAAAAUUUAAGUUCUCCAUAUUAAAUGCCAAGAGAGAGGAGACCAAAGCAAUGGAAAGUCAGCGGGCAUACAGAUUUGUCCAGGGAAAAGAUUGGGGUUUCAAGAAAUUUAUUCGUAGAGAUUUCUUGUUAGAUGAAGCUAAUGGAUUAUUGCCUGAUGACAAACUAACAAUAUUUUGUGAGGUGAGUGUUGUAGCAGACAGUGUCAACAUCUCUGGACAAUCAAAUACAGUUCAAUUUAAGGUCCCAGAAUGCAGACUGUCGGAUGAUAUGGGCCUUUUAUUUGAGAACCAAAAGUUUAGUGAUGUUACUCUCUCUGUGUGUGGGAGAGAAUUCCAAGCACACAAAGCCAUACUUGCAGCACGGAGUCCUGUGUUUGCUGCCAUGUUUGAACACGAAAUGGAAGAAAGAAAACACAACCGUGUUGCAAUAAUGGAUGUAGACCAUGAAGUUUUAAGAGAAAUGCUGAGGUUCAUUUACACGGGGAAAGCAGCAAACCUUGAAAAAAUGGCUGAUGAUUUAUUAGCAGCAGCAGACAAAUAUGCACUAGAAAGGCUAAAAGUAAUGUGUGAAGAAGCAUUAUGUACCAACUUAUCAAUAGAAAAUGCAGCAGAGACCUUAAUACUUGCAGAUCUGCAUAGUGCAGAUCAACUGAAAGCUCAAGCAAUUGAUUUUAUCAAUACGCAUGCAACAGAUGUCAUGGACACCUCCGGCUGGAAAGCAAUGAUUCAGUCACAUCCCCACUUAAUUGCAGAGGCAUUCCGAGCUCUUGCAACCCAACAAAUACCUCCCGUCGGACCUCCUCGAAAACGUGUCAAAUCAAGCUGAAAACAGCCCUCUGUGGUGGGGGACCCCAAAAAGUGUUGACUCUCUGUGGAUGAUGUGCUGGGAGCCUAAAUCUAGACUUCCCAUGUAAUUGUCCAAGCAACUCUACCCUCCACCUCAGAAUGUGGCCAUACUGGACUUUUCUGUGCCACCCUAUUGCCAGUAGUGCUGGUAUCCCUGUGAUGCUGACCUCCAUUAGACCUGUAAUAGAUCUCCCCAAGCAAUAAAACAUCUCUCCAUUGUGGACCUCCGCUUUUUGAGUACUGUUGUGUGACUAGCGCACUUGUACAACUCACAAAUUAUUUUUCUUUCCUUAGAUGGAAGUUAAGUUUUAACUUUUUGUGGCGCCACAUGUAUUUAAAGACUAGUGUUCCAAUCUUAAUCAUAAAUCCUCUCUCUGCCAAAGCCUCUUCCUUUGUAAGUGUCAUUAUGUUCCCAUUGCAUAACACUGUAGCUACACAGGUCUAACUAAUAGGCUCUUUUCGACCUGAUCUCUGAUUGCUGUAAUUUUGAAUAAAUACAUGUAGGGUUAAUAAAUUAUCUUAUUGACUAUGUUAAUAAUUUGUGUAAAGUGUGUUCAUGACCUGUGAGGUUCAGUGUUGUGCCGUGGAGCUGUGGUCUUUUGAAUUAAGUCAGGCAGCAGAGAUAUGACUGUGGAGAUCAUUCCCCAGCCUGUGGCUCCCUGGCCGUCUGGACCAGAUCUUACUGCAUUGUGUGUGAUAUAUCAAUGGUGGCAUGUACUUCACUUGUUUUAGCUCUAUUGAUUACUGUUUUUCUAAAUCAUUUUUUGGCUUUAGAUUAUAUUAUAGAGAAAUUGGUCCUCCCUCCUGUUUUUUUGUUGUUUUUUUUAUUAUUAUUUUUUUUGUUCUUAUAUGAUGACAUUUCAGUUUCAUGAAUAUUGAAAGUGCAUUUAUGUAUGUGAAUAACAUUUUGUCAAAAAUUGUAAGUGCUCAGAACAGAACAUCAUUUGUAGCAAGUGGAAACAUGUUAUUGGUGUAGUGAUUUAUUUUAAUCACCUCACUGCUUACAUUGAAAAUUUCUGUGAUUUAAUGUAGUAUAAAAAAAGAGAUUACUAAUUUGAAAGCUGUUGAUAAUCAAAAGCUUUUUGAUGAGUAAAUUUGCAAGGACAAUGUGUAAGGGCUCAAAUUUGUUAGGCCUGCUCCUUGCAAUUUAGGCACAUGAUGUUGCGAGGGUCUCUUUGAGGGCUGGUCAUCUGUUCCAUGUCUUGAAACAGAAUGAGCGCAGUGUGGUGGAGGCAGUCUGUGUUAAAUAAACUGUAUAUAGCUAGCAAAGGUGCAUCCUAAUUUGAUUUAGGGCCUUUUAAUUGGCCUUUGUCAUGCCCUGUAAAUAACAAUUCAGAAUGCAUCUUUGCUUAAUAGAAUACAUAAACCAACCAUUGAUCUCUUAACCAGUUUUGCCUCCAAUUUGAAACAGGAGUGUAAUCAAUGUUACCUCACAACAUUAUUUGUUCAAUUUUUUAUUAUUAUUUUUCCCCUUUAUUUUGUGCUGUAAAAUGCUUGUCUUUCGUAAAGACUUAGAGUGAUUUGCAAAAAGCUGGAGUGAAAGCUAUGAAUAUAUGUUAGAGUGUAUGUGUGUGUGUUAGUGUGUGCGUGAGAGAGACAGAGGAUGCAAGAGUAUAGACUGAGAGCUGUACUACUCUCAAAUUCGAUGUCUCCAUCUUAUAGUAUGAUCUUUGGCAAUACCAUCAAAUGAAUUUUGCAUGUGUCAAAAAACAUGGCUGUGCCAAUUAGUCUCUUUUGAUAGUUUCUAAUAUCACAUCUGUGUUUUUACAAAAUCGCAAUUGAGAGUUGUGAGUCUCAUGUUUAAACCUGUUUGAAUGUGCUUUUUGCAUCAGAGUAGGUUUUUGAAAGAUAGCGUUUUGUCCCCCCCUCCCCCCUUUUUUUUCUCUUUUUUUUUUCAAAUAUUUUGAUUUGGUCUGAGUAGAUUAAGUGUUGGCAAGCAGUGGUAUCAGCGCCAAUCAAUUCAUGGUAUGAGCAGUUGCUCCAGAGUGAUUUGUAAACAGUCAAUUCCAGUCACUAUUAGAAUAUUGAAUUCCUUUUUCCCCAACGUUGCUUUCAAGGUUGUUGGUACCUUUUUAAGUUCAUUUGAACUAACCUGAUGAACUUGGUUGUUCAAUGAUUUUAUCACAAAUUGCCUCAGUUGUACAUAAAUUUAUUGAUGGCAAGGAGUUAAAUUCACAUACCAUAAUGGGAAUGGCUUUGUCAUUGUCCAUGAAUUACCAAAGAUUCAAAGUGAAAUGUGAAUGCUGCUCCUUGUAUGUUGUUUAGGUUACCACAACCUUGAUGGUCAAGUAAAUUUUGAACUUUACAAAGCAGAUUGUAACAAAGUUUAGCGGAGAAGUUCCCUGCAACAUGGAGUACUGCUCUUAAACAUGUGGCAGGAUGUGCGUCCAUAAUUGUUGUUUAUUAUCAUGCACCUCAGCAAUACUGCCCUUGUUGGAAACUGUUCCCCAUUAUUGCAAUGGCCUGCCCGAAACACCUGUAUGCCAUAACAUGUACUGUGAUAACUGUUUUAUUUUUUUCCUCUUAAACUGGAGUUGAUUCCUUGUUCAUUGUAAGUAAAUACCCACCUCGACAUACCUUCCGGAAAAAUGUCGGUAUCACGGCAGCACACUGUGAAUGAAUUGUCUGCUGUGUGGGAUUUUCACUGUGCAAAGUAAUGUUUGAAAUUUUAGGAUUAAGUGUGAAUUAAAAAAAUGAACAUUCACUGUAAA